GCUGCAUCUCUUCCCAACCCUGUGCUACAGCUGGAAAUCUGAUAUAAUAAACUCUUCAUCAAUAAUGAGUAGAGGGAUGCAAUCAGCAAGAAGACAUUCCCAACAAUCAAUCCAUCAACUGGAGAGAUCAUCACUCACGUGGCUGAAGGUGAUAAGGCAGAUGUAGACUUGGCUGUGAAAGUUGCCCGGGAGAUCUUUCAGCUGGGGUCACUAUAGCGACAGCUAUGGAUGCUUCUCAGAGGGGCCUUUUACUUUACCACCUAGUUGACCUGGUAGAGAGAGAUCGCAUCUACCUGGCUUCACUAGAGACCCUGGACAGUAGCAAGCCUUUCCAAGAUUUACAUAUCAUAGGCCUUAAUGAAGCCAUUAAUGUGUAUUGGUACUUUGCGGGUUGGGCAGACAAAUACCAUGGAAAGGCUAUCCCUACAGAUGGAGAACACGUCAGCUACACAAGGCAUGAGCCAAUUGGGGUGUGUGGCCAGAUUGUUCCAUAGAACUUCACAUUGGCCUUGCAAAGCUGGAAACUUGGCACAGCCCUUGCCACCGGCAAUACCGUCAUCAUGAAGUUGGCCGAACAGACCUCUCUCACUGGCUUGUACAUUGCCUCCUUGGUCAAAGAAGCUGGCUUUCCUCCUGGCGUUGUAAACAUCAUCACAGGUUAUGGGCCUACCGCAGGGGCUGCUGUGGCCCAACACACGGACAUUGAUAAAGUGGCCUUUACUGGUUCUACAGAGGUUGGGCACCUGAUCAAGAAGGCAGCAGCAGAGUCUAACCUGAAUCUCGGUGGGAAAAGCCCCAGUAUCGCCCUGGCAGACUCAGACAUAAGUUUUGCUGUGGAUCAGUGCCAUGAAGCACUCUUCUUCAGUAAGGGUCAGUGUUGUUGUGCAGGUUCUCGGAUCUUUGUGGAAGACUCAAUCUAUGAUGAAUUUCUUGAAAGGUCUGUAGAAAAAGCCAAGCAGAGGAAAGUUGGGAAUCCCUUUGACCUUGAGCAGCAAGGGCCCCAGGUAGACAAGAAACAAUUUGAAAAGGUUCUGAAUUACAUCCAAGUAGGCCAGAAAGAAGGUGCUAAGAUAAUGUGUGGGGGAGAGCACUUUGGGGAGAAGGGCUUCUUCAUCAAGCCCACUGUCUUUGCCAAUGUAUGAGACAACAUGAGGAUUGCCAAGGAGGAGAUCUCUGGGCCUGUGCAGCCCCUGUUCAGGUUCAAAAAGAUCAGUGAGGUUAUUAAGAGGGCCAACAAUACCAAGUAUGGGUUAGCAGCGGGAAUCUUUACCAGGGACCUGGUCAAAGUUAUGUAUUUGACCCAAGCCCUGCAAGCUGGAACAGUGUGGGUCAAUACCUUUAACAUUGUAACAGGACACACUCCUUUUGGAGGCUUCAAGGAAUCUGGAAAUGGAAGAGAGCUAGGGGAAGAUGGUCUCAAAGAAUAUGUGGAGAUAAAGACUGUAACAAUUAAAAUUCCUCAGAAAAAUUCAUGA